AUGGAGACGUCAACGCCGAAACCGUUCGAGGCACAACACGAACCGACGGGACCGGAUCCCCGAUUCCAACUGACCUUCAAAGAGUUUGAGUAUUCGGCAAAGAACGAUAAAUUGGAAGAGUGCGCCGAUCCGACGACCGUCAAAUCGAAACUGAUGGCGACGAUGAGCAAAUUGAUGAACGAGCAUCCGCACUUGAAGGACCAAAAAGUGAAUGCGUACAUUUCGACGGUCGCCUAUCGUCUGUAUCAGUGGACCGGACUCAAAUUUAGUGGUAACCAAUCAGGGGCGGGGCGGUGGCGAGAAAAAUGAAGUGAAGAAAAUCUUUUUAGAAAACGAGCUCAAACGGAUAUUGGCGAAACAACGCGAAUAUUUGCGAGUUCGGCUCAAGAAUGCGAUUCUGAAGAGGAAGGUGAGCACACGCGACCCGAUUCGGAGCGCUUUAGGCAAAAAAUCGAUAACCAAAACCACAGGGACCAAGUUUUGAUAUGCAUUUAGUCCCAAGAGGGUCGGCAAGCAAAAUUUGCCCACAUUUUCUCGUAAAGCCACUAGCAUCCGAUCUAAAACGUUUCAAAUUUUCUAGAGUCGAGAGCGAGCCCAUUUUUCUACGAUACAAGACUGUUGCCGAGCCCCGGGACUGUAGGACUACUUUUGCGGACCGAUUCGAUCAUUUGGCCCAGAGAUUUAGUGUUUUAAGGCCGCCGAAAUAGCUGUGAUUCUAGCAAAACCUGCAUAUCUCUGUGCCAGAUGAUUCGAUCGGUCUGAAACUUGAACCCAGUAUACCUUAGGCCAAGUGCAAGCAGUCGGCAAAGUUUGGAUUCCAUCGAAUCAUUGCAAGCGGGCCUUUGAAAAGCCUAGGCCCAUACAAAAAGCAAUAUCAUGACUAUUACAGCUGACGGAAGAGGAGACGGACGCGCUGUUCCGCGAGAAUUCCUCGUACGAGAACUGUGCGUGGAUGCGCGCGAAAUUCGAACGAGAGGAGCAGGAAUGGCGGAAGCACGUGGCCGACGGAACCGAAUAUGUGCCAAAGAAGCGCGGAAAAGCGCACGACGAGGAGGAAGAAGACGCGGCGGAAGACGAGGAAUUGACGCCGGCCCAGCGAGAGGCGAACGCGCAGGAGAGAAAAAAGGAGAGACGGAGAGAGCGGACGCUGGAAAAAGCAUUCGAACAAAUGAAGGCACAGGCGGAGGAAGGAGCCCGGCUGCGGAAGGCGGAAAUGGUGGAACGGGAGGCCGAGGAGCGGAAGGCGGAGCAGAAGAGACGGGACACGCGCGCCGCGUUCGAGCGGCGAUUGGCGGAGCUCAAUCGGAAAGUCGCCAUGGAAAAGGAGGCGAAGAGGGCGAAGGCUCGCGCGGAACGAGAAGCACAGGCACGCAAGGAAACGGAAGCACACAAAGCGGCGGCGGUUUUGAACGAGGCCGGGAAGGAUGCGGAGGCGAAAGGACAGGCUCAUGUUAGUGUUGAGUGGAACAAUUUUUUUUCCAUUUUGGUGAAUAGUGUCUACUUUGAACACUCUAUUAAUAAAAAAAUGAUUGGCAAACAUACACAUUUUGCAAGGAAAGUAAUGGUUUUGGUGUACAUUUCGUCAGUUUAUCGCAUUCCAUGAAAAAAUAGAAAUGUUCAGGUCAAGCCCCAAACCGAAGCAGAAACGCAGGCUAAACUUCAAGCGCAGAGAUUGGAGAAGAUUCUGCAAGACGCGCAACGGAAGAAGAGUGAAGCGGAAGCGAAGGCGAAAGAAGAGGCGCAAGCGAAGAUCCAGGCUCAAAAAUUGGAAGAACUUUUGAAAGAAGCGCAGCGGAAAAAGAGUGAAGCGGCUCCGAGCCGCCCGUACAACCAUGACUUUGUGUCGUACCCACCCGGGUACCCGUUCGCACCACUCAAUCCGUACCUAUCACCGCAGAGAACCGCCAGCCAGGCGGGACCGUUUGACGGCGGCCAAUCCGAGCCAAACAACUCGACAUUCUCACCGCAGAGCACCAGCCAAACUCGACCGUUUAUGGGGUCGCCGCAAAUGCCCAAGUAAGAGUUUCGCCCACCUUUUCGUCAUUUUUCAGACUGAUUUUUGAUCAAUUUUCGAUCAAACAUUGUCGAUUUCUAUUGCAGUGUUCCCUUCGACCUCCAAUCACUCUUCGCCCUAUUCGGCCAACAAUACCCGAUGCCAAGUGUACCAGCAUUUGUGCCGAACACGCCGCCCUCGUCCAGGACCACACCGCCGGAGCCAAACAUUGACUACCAACCAGUGGGACCGUUCAGCCUGGGACCAAUGCCAUCAUUUAUGCUCAACACGACGCCGGCGACCAGGACGACACCGCCAGAUCCGAAGAUCGCGAAAAUUGACUAUCAACCAGUGGGAGUGUCUCGUUUGGGACCGAUCCAAUCGAUUAGGACCACACCACCGGCGCCAAAACUCGAUUAUCAACCAGUGGGAGCGCCUAGCUUGGGACCAAUGUCACAAUUUAUGCUCAACACGCCGAUACCAACGACCAGGACCACACCGCCUGAGCCGAACAUCGCGAAAAGUUAUCACCAACUGGCGGCACCGAUCCAACCGAUGCGGACGACCCCACCGGAGCCGAAGAUCACGAAAAUUGACUAUCAACCAGUGGGAUCGUCUAGCUUGAGACCAAUGCCAUCAUUUGUGCCCUACCCGCCGCCGAUCGCAAGGACCACACCACCGGAAGCACUGGCACCAUCCACUUUGGCACCAAUAACACCAAUCGUGCUGAACACGCCGAUACCAGCGACUAGGACCACACCGCCUGAGCCGAAGAUUGCAAAAAUGUAUCACCAGCUAGCGGUAGCGGAACCGGUCCGCUUGGGACCGAUAACACCGAUGAGGAGCACUCCACCGGAGGCAAAAAUUGCAAAAAUUGAUCAUCAACCACUGGGAUCGAUCCAACCGACUAAGAGCACACCGCCACCGCCCAAAAUCAAUCAUCAAGCAGUGGGACCGUCGAACGUGGACCCGCUGGACGAGCCGGGAACGGUCGAGUACCUGAGCGGAGCGCUCGACGAUAAAAUUGUCAAAAUUGAGUGUAAAAAGAAGCGAAAAACGACGGAGAUGGUGAUUUACGAGGAGACGCACCGGCUCAAGAAAAUCUAUCCGGAACGCUUCCAGUGGGACGAUGUCAACUUUUUGCGGCUCAUUUCGUUCGCGGUCUUUAAGCGCACCGGAUUCAAGUUUGAAAGUGGGUUGUGAGAGAAAUAUGCAAACAAAAGGCGAUCAUCUGUUUUGCAGGCGACCAAGUUCUGAAAGUGCUUCGAGCGAACGUGAAUCGCAUUCGCCGAAAGACGUACAGUGCGAUUUUGGAGAAAAAGGUAGCGCGCGCGCGGGGCAACUUUUUGAUUUUUCUUGAAAAUGACACAAUUUGAGCGCCAAAAUUAGCUCAUAUAAUUUUGAUUGUUUACAGAUGAGCGAAGCGGAGACGGACGCGCUUUUCAAAGACGACGCGACGUACAAGUACUGUGCGUGGAUGCGUGAUCGGCCGAUGGAACACGAGUGGAGACGGAAGGUGGCGGCGAAAAAACGCAAGAGUUUGAGCGGAGAAAUUGGCAAGGAGCAGCAGCAGGAGGUGAUUGUGAUCGAGGACGAGGCUCCGGCGAAUCCAGUUCAAGAAGUGGAGACUGAGCCGAGUGCUCAAGAUGUUCAGGCCCAGAGGGAAGCUCAGGCCAAGGCCCAAAAAGAAGCCCAAGACGAAAGACAAAAAGCGGCGCUGGUGGAACGGAUGAGGGCCGAGGAGAAGGAAAAGGCUCAGGAUCGGGCUCGGGUCCAAGCAAAAGAAGCCCUAUCGCAGACUAUGAUAGAGAUUGAAGAACUUACCCAGCAAAAUGAUGAAGGUGGCAAAUCUCAGGCCAAGGCCAACGCCCAAGCCCAACGUGAAGCUGAAGCGAAGGCCCAGGCGCAACGAGAAAUUCAGGCCAUGGCUCGAAAAGAAGCCGAAGCCCCGGCGCGUCCCCACGUCCAAUCCAACGCCGAACAAGAAUAUGCGGAACGAGCACGAUACGCGCAAGCGUACGCCGACCGGAUGAGAGCGGCCGCCGAGGAUGAGGCGCGGAAACGGGCGCAAGCGGAAGCACGCAACGCCAAAUCGUGAGUUUUUCGGAAGCGCCUAGCUAGACAAAAACGGGGUUAAGCUCGCAACCUGAAAUUUGUCGGUUGUCUUUUUUUUGCAGGAGUUGCAAGUGCGACUGUCACAAUUUUCGCGAGCCGUUCCAACGCCGCGAAGCUUGGGAGCUGGACAACAUCAAGUUCUACGCGGAGCUGUUCUCGGCGAUGAAACCGAUCGGAGAGCCGGAUUUUCUGGAGGACGAGCUGUCCUACCUGAUCGUGAGCAUCCGGAACCUCGGCCAGACGAAGCCCGAAACGAUUCCGAUCCUUCGGACGGCGCUUUUGAUGCUCACCGCUCCGCUUUCGCAUCCGAACGGCGAGAGGCCGACGAGUGCGCCGAGCCUAUUCGAUGCGGCGUGGAAGCGAUUUGCGGGCAUCCCUUACUCGCAAAAGAAGACGAAUAAUAAUGACAAUAAUACGACGAUAAUGGAUAAUCUUGAGAAGAAAAAUUGAUAUCUUUUUGCAUAUUUUUUAGUGAAUUUUUUUUGAAAUGCUCUUUCAAGUUUUUUUCGCGCCACGAUUUUGAUUGAAUAAUAAAGGUUUUUCUUGAUGAUGAUACGCGGAGGAGAAAUUAUAGUUUUGUCGAGCUAUGAUGAUAUCUUUUGAAAUUUUGGCGAUAAAACAAUUUUUUUCAGACAUUUCAGGGCCCACAAUGUACUGGAUACCCGUAACGUAUGCGUAUCAAGAAGCGCCAUCGUCCAGCGGCCAACAAGUGCAUCGAUGUUUUAUUUGUGGGAACACGUAUAUGCAUAAAAGAGGUUCAUUUUUGGCUUUUUUGAUGAGUUUUGUCGCCAAAAGCGAUAAAAGGUUGAAAUUGGUCUAGAACGGCUGAAAUUAGCCCCAGUUUUCGGCAAAAACCUGAAAUUUGCAUUAAAACAAUUUGAAUUUCGCGGUUGUAAGCUAUAUCUAUUUUUUGGAGGUCUCCAUCAACAUUUGUCAGUGCACAGCGGCGCAAUGCCGUACAAGUGCAACUUGUGCACGGCGACGUUUCGCUACAAGUCCAACUUGUACGAGCACCUCUCCGUCCACUCCGGCGAGACGCCCUACACGUGUCAGUUUUGCGGAAAAAAGUGCAGGCACGAAACAAACAAUUUUGGCGCGAAACAAAAACGUUUGAACUACUUUUUGCAGACUGAAAAGCAACCUGAAAAAGCACCUACUAAUUCACGUGACAACGAAAGCAGAGCUGGAAGCGGCGUGGCGCCCGUUCGUCUCGCGAAACCCGCCCGUCCCGCAAGAACUUGAGGCGACGCCCGCACAAAAGUGUGUGUAUCUCGAGAGAGCUAAUGUUGAUUUCAAAAAAAUCUAGUAAAUUGUGCACAAUUUCAAGCCAUACAACAUUGUAGUUGAGCAUUUUUUCCGAAAACGCAUUGCACGGUCUCCAGAGCUGACAAUAUGGGCGUGGCCUCGGCGGCCGAACGGCGUUUUCAUGAAUUGAGCAGGUUUUCUCUGAUUUUUGUCGUCAAAGGCGAUGAAAAAUGAUUGUUCGACAUGAAAACACACACUAAUUUUCAGAAUUAAUGACGUUUUGGCGCAUUUUUCGCGCACUUCGCUUUUUCGUCUUCUCAUUUUGCGCUUUCUUGACCGUUUUCAGACAGAAUUGGUUUUGAGAAUGAUAAAUCACGUAAAUACAAGCAAUUUGAGCGUUCGAACAGCGAAAAUUACCGAAAAGCAACUGAAAUUCACGCAGUUUUAGCCGAAAACCUUCAAACGGAUAAAUGUUAUUUGCGACUUGACCAAAUUUGACGCUCUUGCGCUUAAAAAAUUCGUAAUAGCCUAUAUAAUCGGUUUAUCAAGAAACAAAUGGGAAAUUAUCGGUUUUUCGUAGCUAAUCUCGCAAAAAAAACGCAAAUUUUGCUGUCAAAAUUUGAAUUUCGCGCCAAUGUAUCGCUCUAUUCGGCGGGGCGCACAUUGUCAGCUCUGGAGACCGUGCAUUGCUGAAACUUUGUUCGCUUUUUUCCAGUGCCGACGCCGGGAAAGUCGAUGAAAUCCAAAAUGGGGCGAUAACUCAACGCAUGGAUGUCGCCGAGAAAAUUCGUCGCAGCGAAGAAGGUCUCCUGAACGAAAACUACACUUUUGGCGAGUUUUUCGACGCGAUCAAGGCGAUUUCGUUCGAGACGAGCGAGUGUCCCACUUGCAACGCCCUAUUCAUGACCCAAACCGACGUGUGCAAGCAUCACAUUCAGCAGCACAAAACCCAAUUGAACGAAUUUCGCUUCUUUUGCCGGGUACUCGACGAUUUUUGCGAAACUUUUGACCGCCGCUCGGCAAACUUGCAACUGCAAUAAUCUUCCAGAAGUGCAUCCGUCAGUUUGACGACCAAGAGCACCUUGAACAGCACAUGAAUUACCACGCGAUGAUUGCGGAAAAAAUGGAGAAGGGCGGCAUUCAGGUGAGCAUUCGUCCACCAAAAUGAUGUUUUCUUUUCAUUCGCAGGUCGACGAUCCGAAAAUUCUUGUACCAUCGACUCAGAAUCUGCUGAACGAAUCAUAG